AUGCCGUUGUCAAUUCUCCGCGGGAAGAAUGUGGCCGAUGCCCAGUGUCCGGGCACAUUGGCCGUUGAUCCACCACGACCGAAAGAUCCCAGGCGUUCUCCCAACUUCAAUUUUAAUCCUACACUAUAUUACAUGACAGCUUAUGAAUCCUGUACCGCAUUAAUAUUAAUAUCGAAAGCAUAG